AUUCUCUCGCGGUUUAAGCGCUAUGAAAGUGGAACAGAGCCCGCAAUGAUAAACAUAAAUGUUUGCCGCUGCGGCGCAUCAAAUCACCGACCUCCCUUCAACGCACUGUACAGUCAUUAAAAAAAAUAAAGCAUAACACACCGCACACACUACAGAGGGUUAAUAUGGGCGUGUCGAGAGGCUCGCGCAUACAGGAAAGCAGGAUGACGUCACUGCUGCCGGGAACUAGCAGGUACCCUGGGAAACAGAGCGCGAGAUUGCAGUCUCGAAAAAAUUGAGCGGGAAGCCUGAUGGAGAAGCGCAUUUGGAGGCUGGAAGCUCCUCAGGGAUGACACGACGGGUGCCUUCUCUGAGCCAGGGUUGUUCCCAGGACAGCGCCCACUCCUUCCCCAGAGAGGGACAGUCCUCAGACAGAAAUCAACAGAUAACAGAUUUCUUUAAACCAUCUCUAAGGACAGAUAGAUGUACGCUUGAACUGUCUCAGAGUGAAGGCAUUGUCAAUGCUAGAUAUGGGAAUAACUUUUCAGGAGAUGGAUCCCUUAAAAAACGUUCUUCGGCUAAAAGACAGAAAAAGCUAUCUGUCCAGUCACCAAGCAAAAGUCCUAUAAUGGAGGCCUUUCUUCGAAAAGGAAUGAAUGAAAAACUUUGCAGUGUAAGCAACUUUCAAGCUAAAUGUGAGAAAUGUGGCACAAGCUUACUUCCAAUGGUAGUCGUUCAGAAGCUAAGCUUAUAUGCCAACCUAAAUGUUUAUGUAGAAGACAAAGAAGAAACCUGGCAACAAGUAAAAAGUGCAGAGACAAAAGGUACCAAGUAUCACUGUGUCAGUGUCAAGGUUAGCAGCCCAUUUAAAAUAAACAAAAGCUUUAGUGAUGUUUGCUAUAUGCCACGUCCCAAUCCAGAAACAUGGCCAGCUCAAAAAGAGAGAGCCUCAGUAGCUUCCAAGUGUCAGUUAGUGCAAGAUAAGCACUGGAAAAGAAGAGAAGUGAAGAAAGAGGUGAAGCAAGCUAAUCAGCAAAGAUUUAGCCCAGUCUCGGUGUCAGAUUUGUCAUUUCAGCUGAAAGGAUCAAGUCACAGGUUGACUUCUGCAAUAAAACAUGAUUGUGAUAAGCCGCUGUCUGAGGGAGAAUCUAGUAACGUGUAUAAACGCCAUGUUAGUAAACGCAGGUUGUAUUUACUCAAUGAUCCAAAUACUGAGAGCACUUGUGGCCUUGAAAUGAGGGAUUUGGAAAAUAAAUUGGAGCCGUUUAGCCACUCUUUUUCUUUCAAUUCACAUGAGCAAAGUAUUAGCUGUCCAGGGGAUGAAGUUAGCAAACCUAAAGCACCAUUUUUUACAUCAGAAACUAAAGGAUUUCAAGCCAGGUGUUUUUCCCAGGGGCAUGAAGGAUCACUCUUUCAAGACCAGGGCAAAGAGAAUGUUUUUUUCAUUAACAGAAAAGAUCCAUGUUUGUUAGCCAAGGAAAAUGAAAGCAUACAGUCAACUUCUCAGUCUAUUGGCUCCAACGGCUCAAAAGAGUGUGAAGAUGUGGAGACUGAGUCGCUCCCAUCUCUGGAGCUAUCUAGCAACAGUUCUAUAUCUGAAUCUGAUCAUUCAGAUUCAUUUGAGAACUUCUCUUCCACAAAAAGACCAAAGAGGGUAAAAAAAAAAGUUCGGAAAAGAAACUCAAGCAGUGAUGAAGAUGCUUUAAUGCCACUGGAGGAAAUUUUUAGAACAAAAUCAAAGACUUUGCCUUCGACCCCACAGCAUCCUCUUCCUACUACAUCAACAGUUUCUUCACCCCUGACUCCUUUUCAGAACAAAAAUUUUAUUGCUGCAACUCCUGAACAAUAUGCCAACAGCUUGACAAGACUUGUAAAGGAAAAGAAGGAAAGUGAAAGGAUAGGAGAAAUAGAGAAAAAACUACAAGAGGAAAUUGAAAAAGGACAAGGUAUGCUGUUCUUGCAUACUGAAUGUGACACCGAUGAAGGAGACAUUGAAGAUGAGCACAGGGAAUUUGUGCAGAAGUAUUCUAUAGACCUUAAUGGUAUUCCAGAUCAACCUCCCGGUGAAGAAAUAUUCCAUUUAGACGAAUCAGGUCUAAUCUUCAACCACCAUACACUUGACUUGAGGAAUUCAGAAUAUUGUAUCCAAAGCUCAGAGGAAAAUCUUAUAUUUUGUUGUGAAGCAGAAAACCAACUUAUGCUGGCAACUGAAGGAUUCCUGAGCUUUUUGUAUCAGUUUAAGACAUGCCCUGUUGUUCUAAUGAAAUGGAUGUUUCAGAUUGUUGCUGCACAUCCUUCUUACCCCAUCAGCAUUAAAAUACUCAAUACCUUGAUAAAAAUCACAAAUAAUAAUCUUUCAAAUUCAGGGCAAAAUAAAACUCCAUGGAUGCCAUCUUUGUUGGAUGUGGCUACUGUCUUCUUGAAUAUGGGCGUGAAUUUCCAAACGUUGUUUCCUCUUCCACACCUUCAGCCUCUGUUCUGCUGUGAUGAUCUUGUACCUGCUAUACAGGUAUCCCUAAGACUAGAUAAAAACUCAAAUGGGCCAGCACAAGCUUUCACUGUAGUUCCUGAAAUGCAGAUGACGAAUGUGAUCAAGUUUUUAGGGUAUUGUACAGCUGUGUGCCCUGAAAUCUUCAGCGACCAGGACACCUUACUCCUCGUAGUGCUGCUCUUAAAAAUCUAUUUGGAAAAACAACUGAGAGAUAGUCCUGUUGUGGAUUUGCAUGUCCUUGUGGGAAACCUGCUUCAUAACUUCAGAGACUGGGAGAUCAAGAUGCCAGAAUUAUCCUUGGCUUUAAGUGAGAUUUCCGCACACCACCAUAAUUAUGUGAGGAUUGUACAGGUCCUUCCUACAACAGAGUCGCGUGGAAGACAGUUGAGAGGGCACCUCAGUUUGGUUUUUAUAGCAAAGCUCCUGGGCGAAAACUAUCCAAACACACCACUUGAUUAUAGUUCACAGAUGUCACUUCUCUGCCAGUGUUUGAGUAAAAUGAAGCCGUCUGCCUUAAUCCGGAAAAUGCAAAGCAACAACGAAGAGAGUGCACAACUAAAUCUAGAUCAAGAGGCCUAUUACUUAACCUUCAGUUUACUGACUUUGGUGAAUGCUGCCAGUUCCUCUGAUGAGAGUGUUUCUGUUCAGAGAACCUUCUUGUUAAAACUGUGUGCUGCACUAGAAAAACAUAUUAAGUGUGAUAUCCGUGAGGAUGCAAGAUACUACUACAAAACUAAGGUGAAGGAUUUAGUUGCCAGAAUAUAUGGAAAAUGGCAAGAAAUACUGCAUUGCUCUCGACCUCACCAGGGGAAGAUCCAUGAUUAUUGGGAGCCGUUCCAUGACCAGUCCAGUCCAGGAAGUUCACAAGAAGAAUGUGCGAAUAACCCUCUCCAGAUGGAAAAACUUUGCAAUGGCACUGCCUAGGGCAGAGACAGACGCAAAGAUUGGAAAAGCCGAAUCUAAAUCGCCGGUGGGAUGGCACUCAGAGCGCUUCAGACUCUUCGGGCGACUUCUGAAAACGAAGCACUCCGAGUGCGAUUUAGAUUGGAGCCGUCCAGAACAAUUCGGGCAGAUUAGUCGCCUGAAGAAUAGGCAAUUAGUCGUCGGGUGACUGAAUCUUCCCGUGUGUCUCUGCCCUUAAGCUCCUGUAGAAGUUAUUCUAGUGUUUGAGUGGUGUAACUAUGGGGAUAUUUUUACUGUCUUUAGUGGGACUUUAAUUGAUAAAGCUGCCAUUCUCAAAAACUAUAAAAGAAAAAAAAAUAAGCCAAUUUGUGAAAGAAUUUUUGAGAACACACUAAAGUGUCAGUUGCCCUUUAAGGACUGGGCCUUGACUGAUCUUAAAUCUUUAAAAAUGCAGUUAAAAACCUUCUGCAGGAAGGCAGCAUCUCAUGCAUUAAUGGUCAUCCUGCAGACCCCCCACCCCUCACAGAAUGGGGUCUCUUAACUAUACCAGGACCCGUCCAAGUCUUGUCACAAUGCCUUUCAUUCCCAAUCAUUUCCUUUUUUGUAAAGUAACCAGUCGAGUGCUCUCACAUUAUAACAUUAUCCGGUUUUGCCUGGAAGCAUUUAUUUACAAGGCUCCCAUAUAAAGGAUAAAAUAUUUUAAGUCGUUUAUAUUUUGAGGUUGUUCAUGGGGACAUUGUUGUAACACGCACUUUAAUAUAUACCUCAUUUUGUAUUUUAUUUUUCUAUUAGAAAAUGUUUAUUAAAAUACUACUUUUCCCUUU